UAACAAUGCUGGGUGGCCUUGCAGCCGGAGACCUCAGUUCGAUCAGAGCACCAUGGGCUUCUGCCUGCCACUCAAAGUCAUUGAAUACACUAUCAUAUGCUAGAUCUGUGAGUGCACUAGAUGUCAGGGUCUCCAGCCAAGCCAGGUCUGUGAGUGCGCAAGACUCCAAGGACCCCAGGUCUGUGAGUGCACUAGAUGUCAGGGAUCCCAGGUCUGUGAGUGCACUAGAUGUCAGGGACCCAGUCCAUGCUAGAUGUGUGAGUCCACUAGAUGUUAAGGAUCCCAGGAGUGUGCCAUGGGGACAUCGACCAAAAUCCACCCCAGUGACCAGGGAUCCACGCCUCCAGACGAUCCAGCAGUCCUCAAGGAAAGUUGGCAGACCCCAGACUGCCAUGUUAUCUGGGCACACAGGGUGUGACAGAGUUCGACAACUGGAACUUGAAUCAACACAACAAUACAAACUAAGAAGUCAUCUCCCCUUGAAACGGUCUAAACCACCUUCAUGGCAGAAGAGUUCCAAUGUUCCGGUGACACAACUGCUGCUCGGUCAGGGGUACAUCUUGUCAAAAACUAAAACCAGUAGCCAUGUCACUCUCAAAGAUGAGUUCUUUGAGACUUCAGCACAGGAGAGUUCCAGGAGAAAGAUACACACAGAUGAUACCAGAGACAAACUGAUGGAGCAACUUCAGCAACAGAUCACUGACCUUGCCCUCUAUUUGGAGGAAGAAAGGCUCAGUCACAAGCAGACCAAACACAAGGCUGAGCAAAUCCUGAAAGAUAAAAUAGAUCAAAUGACAUCACAGUUUCAAGAUCAAAUCAGGGAUCUGAAAACUGAGCACCAAGAGGAGUUGUUGCAGCAGAAGCAGAAGUUACAAGCGGAACACACCGAAGUGCGGAACACUUUGGAAAAUCAGAUCAGUCACAUGGCAAAGGAGAUUGAGUUCUUACAAAGUGCUUUUGAGACUUAUAAAGGCACCCUACAGACAGAAGCCAGCCAGAAGUCCAGCACCUCUGAAGAGAAGCGCAAUUUCCAUUCUGCUGAAGAAAAACAGCAGGCUAUUCAUGAAAUCAAAAGCAAACUCAUCCAGGAGUGGAAUCAAGAGAGAAGCAACCUUGCCAGAGAACACCAGAAAGCCAUUGAAGCAAUGCGUCAACAACACAAACAGGAAAUGGAUAGUCUGGUAUAUCGAUUUUCUAAUGCAGCAGCAGACCUGGAGAAGUUGAAGGAAACCACUGAACUGUUAGAGGAAACCAAGUCUGAGUUGCAGUCCUUGAAAGACAGUUACAGCACAGUCUGUCAGCAACUGGCCAGUGUAACUGACCAGCUCAGGGACGCGAAAGUACGGCUUGUGGAUUUUGAGGAGAGAUUUGAAGAAAAGGUGUCACAGAUUGAUGCCAAGUACACACAAAAACUGCAAGAGCUAAUGACACAGAAUACAGAGCUUAAACGUUUGUUUGUCCAGAAAUGUGGAGAACUUUUCGAUGAGAAAGCCAACUCAGAUUACAAGAGAGUUCAGCGAGUCAAGUCUGCCAGGGAAACCUUGCAGAUGUUGGUAAAGUCAAAGCAGCGAGCAAAUCUCAGCAUCGCAUUAGGCGCACCAGCACAGAAGAUCAAAUGUUAUAAGAAUCGGCCUCUCAGUGCACCUGGCACUAGAGAGGACACAAGAGCAGCAUAUGACAGUGCUGGCCAGGUGGAACUGCAUCGCUAG